GCGAGUGACGCUCUGGUUCCCCAGUAUGGGCAGUGUGGGCAGCGGGGUGGCCGGUGAGCAGGAGUUUGCCAUGAAGAGCGUGGGCACACGCACCACCCUCCCUCGUGGCCCGCCGCUGUCCCGCCGUGGACCCUCUGACCGCAGCUGCAGCGCCGAGCGGCUCCACCCGCACCCGUCCACAUCCGAGGGCUCCAGCGACGAGAGAGGAGGCAGCAGCACCACCACUGACAGAGUCCUAGAGCGGGGACAGCUCAACAUGGAGAGGGUUCCUGCUAACCUGGACGCUCUGGAGGGAACUGCAGCGGGCCGGCGGGACGGGCACAGAUCCGGCAGAGGAGUGUCUCUGGAUGCUUGCGGUAAUGUUGUGGGUCACGGAGCGGAGAAGAACCAUGACGGUGCAGCACCGCUGAAAAGCAGAGAUGGAAACAUCAGCAAAAGAGACGGUCGCACACCUCCCAAAAUACUCACCGUCUCUGGAAAACUGGAGCAGAACACCUCUGCUCUGGUUCGACCGUCCGCCUUUAAACCCGUGGUGCCCAAGAGUUUUCACUCCAUGCAGAAUCUGGUUGGUCAGUCUGGAAGCGGUGGCGGUCGCUCUGCUGGAUCGGGUGGAGGCUCGGACGCCCCGCAGUCUCUCUGUGAGCAGGACAGUCCUGAGCGAGACCCUUCAGGGGGAAACGAUGGCCAGGGCGGCAUGUCUGACUCCGGACGCAACUCUCUAACCAGCCUGCCCACGUAUGCAGGUCCCAGUUUGAGCUACGGCCCCGCUCAGGCCCUCGGGCCCCUCAGUGCCUCCACCAGUCACAUCAACAGACUAAGCUCUGCUGCUGCCCCGCUGGAGAAAGGGGAGAAACCCAAAUAUCAGAACGGGCUGAGCGUGUCUGACAGCGGGCAGUCGUCCUCCGGGAAGAGCUGCUUAUCGUAUCACAGACUCUGCCAUCUGACGGAGCCCAGCGCAACCGUCCAGCCCUCGCCCUCCACCGACGACAUCAUCCAGGACUUGGAGGACCGGCUGUGGGAGAAGGAGCAGGAGGUGAUCCACAUGCGGCGUAAUCUGGACCAGAGUGAGGCGGCCAUCGCUCAGGUGUUUGAGGAGAAGCAGCGCGUGUGGGAGCGGGAGAUGGAGGAUCUACGACAGAACUAUGCCGGCCGGCUCCAGCAGGUCACACACCGGGCCCAGCGCACGCAGCAUGCCCUGCAGACACACAUCGCACGCCUGCAGCAGGACAAGGGCCGCCUGCAGGAGGAGAUCAGCGCACUGCUGGCCCAGAGAGAGGAACUUGAGCGCAAGUGUCUGGACUACCGCAAGGAGCAGGCCGACAUACUGCCCCGGCUGGAGGAGACCAAGUGGGAGCUGUGUCAGAAAGCAGGUGAGAUCUCUCUACUUAAGCAGCAGCUCCGCGAGAGCCAGAAUGAGGUGACGCAGCGGGCCGGAGAGACGGUGGCUCUCAGGGGUCAAAUGAAGGAUCUGAACGCCCAGCUGAAGGAGCGCGAGGACACCAUGAUCGGCCUAAAGGACUCGUACAACAGCAAGAGCCGAGAGCUGGAGAGAUGCGAAGGAGAGCUGAAGAGAACACUGGCGGAGGUGUCGAUGUUGCGUGAUAAGCUGGUGGUGUUCGAGUCUGAGGUUGUGGGUCUGAAACGGGCUCUGAAUGAGCUGAGCUGCAGAAGCGAUCACACCGCGGUUCUGAGCUCCAUCAGCGGCAGCAGCAGUUUACCGUGGGCCGGACUACACUCGCCUAGAACCCCCGAACCCUUAUCUGUGCUCGGCUCCACGGUCGAAACCUUCCUCAGCUUGCAGAGUGACGAAGCCAAAGCGCAGCGGCAGGAGGCGGGAGAGCUGCGGCGUCAGCUGGAGCGGCUGCAGGGCGAGCUACACCUGGAGAAACAGCAGAGAGAGAGGCAGGCGCUCACCUUUGCGCAGGAGAGACACACCUGGCAGGACGAGAAGGAGCGCGUGCUGAAAUAUCAGGCGCAGCUGCAGCUCAGCUAUGUAGAGACGCUGCAGAGAAAUCAGGCGCUGGAGGAACGUGUCGGACAGCUUGGAGCCAAAAUGGCGCCAGGAUCACCACCACCUAUCAGCCUCUCCAUCCCCGUCCCAGUGACCGUCACUCUGUCACCAGAUGAGCUGAAACCGCCUGUCCUGCAUCAGCUGGCGCCUCCAUGGCCAGGCCCGUCCCGGUUGGAGAGGAUCGAGUCCACUGAGAUUUAGACUUUGUAAAAGACAAUCGACGUCUGUUCAGCGGAGACGCUUCUGUUUCUGAAGACCUGAAGAGGAAGGAGAAAUACACACUGAGUUUUUCAUCUUGUUUCUAGUCCAAAUAUCUAAGAAUACUGAAAUCAAGAAGCAUUUUCUGGAGAAGUAUAAAAUAUAAUCUUGUAUUCAGAAAUAAUGAGUUUUUUUGUUCAAACUAAAUAAAUUGUGAAAUAAUGUUGCUUGUUAGUUUUAAUUAAGUUUAUUUUACUUACUCCAUUAUUAAUUUGCUUGCCGUAAGGAUAAACUCACCUAAUUAGGACUCAUUAUUUCUGAAAACAAAACAAUAUUUUUUGUUUGUCUAUAAAAUGCUUCUUGAUUUAAGAUUUUGUAGAUAUUUGCACUAAAAACAAGACAAGGAAACUCUAAGAAAAGCAUUUUUAACAGUGCAGCUUUUGGUUAUGGAAGAAAUGCACAUUUGUUUGACAUCACACUGUAAAAAAUAUCUGUAAAUGAGCAGUUUUCAGUAUUUUGUGAUUCAUGUUUUUUAUUUUUCCCUGUUUAUUUCUGCUUUUUAAUUGCAUUAUGGGAUCUUGAUCAUUCUUGCAACAACUUUUAACCUUGAAAACGGACUUGUGCAGUUGUUUGUAGUGUCUGGGUUGGUGUUGUAUAUUACACUACAGAAACCUUGUAAUAAACUGCAGCACAUUUUCUGUUAUUUUACACACUUAUUUC